AUGGCAGAACGAAAGAAAGUUUUAACAGUAAGUAGAGGUCAAAUAAAAGCAAAAACUACUACAUUUGAAAUAUAUAUUGAAAAGGCGUUACCGGAAAAUGCAAACGAGGCAAGAAUUCGGUUAGAACACGUCAAGGACGCUUUAGCCGAGUUUAACGAGAUACAAUCAGAAUUAGAAUUAAUCGACGAAAACGAGUUAACAGGCAAUGAACGCGAUAAUUUUGAAAAUAAGUAUUUUGCGAUCCUGUCUAAGGCGAAUGAAUUCCUGGAAAAACACAUAAUACGGACACCGACUACGUCGGCGGCGACGAAUGAUACAAUAGAUUUUUACGCGCUUCCGAGACAAAGCGAUUCAAUUCAACAAAAAAAUGUAAAAUUACCGACGUUAGAUCUUCCUAAUUUUUAUGAUGAUUACGUGGAUUGGGUACAUUUCGAUGAAACUUUUUGUGCUUUGGGUGAUGGGGCGAAAACAAUCGCUUCAUUAGAGAUAACGCGAGAUAAUUACAAGAUUGCACGUGAUUUGUUAAAAGAAAGAUUCGAGAACAAAGAAAAAAUAAUAAAAACUCACGUAUCGGCGUUGUUCGAAUUACCAGCGAUUACAAAGGAAUCUCAUAUGCAUUUACGUCGUUUAUUUGACGAUUACAACAGGUACACGCGCGCAUUAAAGGCAUUAGGUGAACCCGUCAAGCAAUGGGGUACGCUUUUAAUUCAUAUCUUAGUCAGAAAAUUAGAUGAAACAACGCGAUUUAAAUGGGAAGAACACGUUGUUGAAACGUACAAAAGGAAACAAAUACCAGAUGCACAAAGUAUGACAGAUUUUUUAACAAACCGAUGCAAUGUUAUCGAAACGAUCGAAAGAGGCAAACCAAAAAUUGGAAAGGUAUCGGCACAUUUGACCGUCGACAAAGCGGAAUGCUACCUAUGCAAGGGAAAUCACAUGAUCUACAAUUGCGGAAAAUUUAAAGAUUUAGAUGUAAAAACAAAGUAUAACGAGGCAAAACGAUUGAAACUUUGUAUCAAUUGUUUGAAAGGUGGCCAUUUUGCGAGUAAAUCGACAAAUACAACACCAGAGAACACCAAAGAAAACGAUGAACAACCAACGGUACAAGCUUUGAAAGCCACCAACGAGCAGAAGGUUUUUUUUGUCAACAGCGAUAGUUGA